AUGAUGUGUUGUCUUUGCUUUAAAGGCUUUGGAACUAGACACGGUAUAUCAGUGCCUCUUCAUGCGUUAUCGUCUCCAACGACGUAUUCAGCGAUGAAUGACGCCAAGCAGGAGACGUUCAGCGUCGAACAGUUACAAUCGAUUGACGUUUUUCGAAGUCGAACACAACUUGAUGAGGCACAAGCCAUUUCAUUUUUGAAAGAAUGCGAUUGGGAUCUGGCAGUGGCAUUGAAAAACUUCGAACUAGAAGGUGCACGAGAAGAGAUGGCAUCGAUGACGCCGUCCACAUCGCAUGACAAAGUGUCUGGACUUGGCGAAUGGGGUACUCGAAAGCUUCCGACACCAGGAUAUGCUUUUUGCCUUCCGGAUUUGGAGCGACUCGCCCCAGAUUUCCGAAAUUUCCUUGAGAAAGAUCUAAUUGAGACACCUACACAGCGAAGAUUGGAGGCAUCAAAACAUCUGAAUUGGUGGCAUCAAUAUGGUGAAAAGCUAUAUCCAUUGUCGACUACUGGAGAUGGUAACUGCUUACUACAUGCAGCUUCACUGGGAAUGUGGGGACUGCAUGAUCGUCAACUAACCCUUCGCGAAGCCUUGUACGAGAUGCUGAAACGAGGCUCGAGACGUAGUGCUCUCUGGCGUCGUUGGAAAUGGGCAGAGCAUCAUGCUAAUCAGGCUAGCGGACUUAGCCUCACGUUGUCUGAUGAAGAAUGGAUGCAAGAAUGGAAUGGUAUCGUAGCAUUAGCGUCACCUGUACCUAGGAAAACCGAUGAUUCGAGUUCUGAUUCCACCGACCAGAUUUACGAAAGUUUGGAAGCGAUUCAUGUGUUUGCAUUAGCUCAUGUACUGAAAAGGCCUAUAAUAGUAGUGUCGGAUACGGUACUUCGCAAUGCUAAAGGAGAAGAAUUGUCACCGGUUUCGUUUGGAGGAAUUUAUUUACCACUAGAAUGUCCAUCAGAGCAAUGUCACAGGUCUCCGCUGGUAUUGUGCUAUGAUUCGGCGCAUUUCUCACCAUUAGUUCCGAUGAGGCAUGACUCAUCGCAAAUGCAGAUCAUCCCGAUAACAGACAUCAAUAGAAAUCUACUCCCUGUGCAUUUUGCUAUCGAUCCUGGACCAGAUUUUAGUUGGUGGAGCGAUGAUGACGAUGCAUCGAUGGCGGCGCGACUUGCGAUGACAGAUGGCGAUAAACUAGCGCUAUUGAGCGAAUAUAUGGAUCUGGUGAAAAUGGACGUGAGAAGGGGAAGUGUGAAGAAGACCAGACCAAUUCGUACCACACAGUCAUCAACAGGAAUGGAUAAAAGUAUGACAUUGGCUAGUAGCGGUGUAGCAAGCGGCACACAAGAGAAGAAGCGUAUAAUCAACGAGAUUACUCAACAGUUCCUUCGCACGUUUCGCCUAUCAAAUGGAAAGAAUAAGGAAAAUGGCAUUGAUGCACGUACCUGUGCUGCUGACUUAUCGCGUACUAAUUGCCUAAUCGCUUCACGUUUGGUAUCAUCUUCACACGAAUAUAUGGAAGAGAUGGUUAGGGAGUACAUGAGAAGUGCUAGGGAAAGAUUCUUGAGUGCAAAGCAGCCCCAAAAUGGCCGAAAACGCAUAAGCCGAUCGUUUAGCGCCUCAUCACUUAUGAUUACUUGCAUCAAUCAAUAUUGUGGAAAGCCAGCGCUACAAAGUAACAACUUCUUGUGCCGGGAGUGCUUUGAACAUCAGAAAGAGCAGAUGAUGUCAUUCAACUGCGAAAAUCCGCAUCUGCUGAGAAGAAUUCCUGCCGCUGUAGUGACAACGACAGCCAAAAGCACAACGAUGCCGGCGAUCGCCACGCCCACGAGAACCGCGCCGCGUGAUGCAUUACGUACAGCUGCGCAAAAUUCGUCAAGACCAGCUCCGGUGCUUGGCGUGACUAAGGAAGGAAUGAGCACAACAACGAAUAUAUCCGCGAUCGAAGGUGAGAACGGUGUCACCCAUUACUACGUAUCCGGUGAAGACCCACCGCCAGUCCAGCUGUCGCCUUCGCACGCUUCUUGUGCCGCCUCGCAGACGAUGUCGCCGGUUCGCGUCACUGCCACAAUGUCGCAACUCGCCUCGUAGCGCUCCGCCCCCGUUUGUUUUUCUAAAUAGCGUGCGUGCGUCACGCGUCAUCACUGAUUGUUCGAUUUAAAUGCGCUUUCCGUCUGUGAUUUCUUUCGCUUUCUGCCAGAUUUGCUACAGAGUAAUAUUUAUACGUGGUUUAGAGAUAAAUGAAUAUUUGCCGUUUCACUUCUAAGGU